CAUUGCAGCUAAAUGGAGGCAUCUGAUGGAUCGCCCCCACCAUCAUUGUGUAUGGUACGAGCCGCUGAAUUAUUUCCCAAACCACAAAUGGAGAAAGAAGACACAGAAUUAAAAGUCCCAUUUCAGGAGCUUGCUGGCGAGUCUGUCAAAUAUUUGGGACGCACCGAUGAUGGCAUAUUGGCCCUAUCCAAUUAUCGCCUUUAUCUACAGAAAACCUCAACCAAUGUUGAAACGUCCAUACCGCUGGGCCUAAUCGAAUCGGCCCAAAGCCGUGAUUUGUUUCAUCUGAUUGUCUACUGUAAGGAUGCCAGCACAGUGAAGUGUUCAUUUGAGACGGCCGAACAGUGUACGGAAUGGCAAAGACGGAUACAGAUGUCGGUGGGUGUCCCCGAGACACUGGAAUCUAUAUUCGCUUUUCCAUUCUGUUCAUGGGCAUGUGAUACGUUAAAUGGAGGUGGUGGUGGCGGCGGAGGUGGAGGAGGAGGGUGUGUGGGUGGCAGUCAAACAUUUAAUAGCGCUCUGAAUUCAAAUGCCGAUAACAAUGGCGGCUAUAAUCCCUAUUUGGCCCUGGACACCAAUGAGCGAUUACAAAAGUGUAGCUAUCGCUAUGAAGAUGAUUUUAUGCGUGAAGUUGAACGUUUGGGUUUCGAUUUAAAUGGUCCCUGGCGUAUUUCACGAGCCAAUGAAGAUUUCAAGCUAUGUCCCUCAUAUCCACCCAAACUUUUAGUACCCUGUUGCAUUUCCGAUGAAACGCUGAAUAAUGUGGCCAAUUUUAGAGGUUCAAGGCGGCUGCCCGCCGUGGUGUGGCGUCAUCGUAAAUCGGGAGCUGUUAUUGCCAGAUGCAGUCAACCGGAAGUGGGUUGGCUUGGUUGGCGCAAUACCAAAGACGAACAGCUGCUAAAGGCUUUGGCCGAUGCCUGUGCCUUCGAUCGCGGCGAACAAAUGCGUCAAUUUGCCAAUACAUCGCAAUCAGCACAAAGUAUACAGAUACCGUCGGGUGAUAGUUCACCCUCCAGUCCGGAUGGUAGUCAUGAAGAGGUGGCCCUGGAUGAAGUGAGAAAAAUUCUCAUAGUGGAUGCCCGCAGCUAUACAUCGGCCGUAACAAAUAGGGCCCGUGGUGGUGGCUGUGAAUGUAUUGAGUACUAUCCAUGUGCCGAAAUAGAAUUUAUGAAUUUGGGCAAUAUACAUGUUAUACGGAAAAGUUUUCAUGCCCUACGGCAGCUGUGUGCUUCGCCGCCAGAUGUUCCAAAUUGGUUGGGCCUCUUGGAGAAGACCAUGUGGUUACAACAUUUAUCUGGUCUGUUGGCUGCCUCCAUGACCGUGUGUCAUGCCAUCGAGAAAAAAGGACGACCCGUAUUGGUUCAUUGUUCAGAUGGUUGGGAUCGCACCCCACAAAUUGUGGCCACUGCACAGCUGUGUUUGGAUCCAUAUUAUAGGACAAUAGAGGGUUUCCGAGUUUUGGUUGAACGUGAAUGGCUUAGUUAUGGCCACAAAUUUGCCGAUCGUUGUGGCCAUGGCCCCGGCUCCGAAGAACUCAAUGAGCGUUGUCCAGUAUUUCUGCAAUGGCUGGAUUUGGUACAUCAAAUCCAUAAACAAUUUAGUUGCAGUUUUGAGUUUAGUAUGGGUUAUUUGAUCAAAUUAGCCCAACACUCUCACUCUGGCCUUUUCGGCAAUUUCCUGUGCAAUACGUUAAAGGAACGUUUGGAAAAUUCCGUCUUCGAACGUACCUUCAGUGUUUGGUCGUUUCUGUCCAGUCCCAUUUAUCGUAAUCCCCUGUACAAGCCACAACGAGAUAAAGUAUUAUGGCCGGCUCAUAAUGUCCGAGAUUUAUCACUGUGGACAGAGGUGUAUUUGGGCAGUUUGGGUGGCAAUCAAAAUUCCAUUGAUUUUCCAAAUUAUAUUAAUGACACGAUGAUGGGUUCCAUAAGUUCUAUGUCCAAAACGAGAUCAUAUGGUGACCUAAUAACAGCUGGUUUCAUACAGAAUAGUAUGUCGAGACGCUCAAGUGAUCCAAACAUGACAGUAGAUCCAAAUCUAACAAUUGGUUCAAAUUCGGAAAAUAAUUCCAUUGCCGAUUUACAAUCUGACGAGCGUGAAGAAUCACCCGAUAUAUUAGCGAAUUUAAUACACGAUACAACCCGCAAAUUGGAAAACUUAACAAAUGAACUGAACAAUCAUGACAAUGAUGAUUUUAAAUUGGCUUCGAAUGCCGGGAAAAAUUCCAAUGAAAUUCCAGUGGUGGAAUGCUGUGAAAGUAAAAAGAAUGAAAUCACAACAUCAAAUGGCAGCAUCUAUUCAAGUCAACAGGAACCCGAACAACAACACCAACAACAUACUGGCUGUGAUAAUGAGACUACAAAAAUAGCAACAACAACAACCAACAAUACACAACAAUGCCCAUCAUCGCCCCCAAUACCUACGGGAAAAACGAAAAUUGUGGUCAAGGAAAUUGUCACGAAGGCAGAGAAUGAUGUUACCGACUCCUCCGUGUCCAAUGGUUUAAAUGGCAUUCAACGAAGUUCCAAUGGGAUUACCAUUGAAAAACACACCUCUAUGGGUUUGGAUCUAAUGAUGAAAAGUGUUGCCAUGGAUGAUACUUCAUGUAACAACAGCUUGGAAACAUCCUACAAUGGUUCGACCAUUGAGUCACUGAAAAACAAUAGUAAAACAGCUGAUGAUUCUCAUAAUUUAUGGCAUGGUUCCAUUAACACUAGUACUGAUACCUUGGUACCCUUGGCGGAAACUAAAAUACAAAAUGGUAAUGGCAAUUGUGAUAGCAUCGAUGGCGGUGGUGGAGACAGGCAAGAUUCUCCCAAAAAGCAAAAUCUUGAUGGCCAAAGCACAAAAAAUGGCGAUGAAGAGAAGUCAGCAAAGCAGAGUAGCAGCAGCACAACAUAUGACACGUCGACCCACACAACUAGUGGCAGUGACAAUAAACCAUCAAGUCGUCUGGUCUCCGCUCCUGCUGCUCUGGCUGAUGGUCUAAUGGAGGAAAGCAUACUCAUCUUACCUGAACAUAGGAAAUUAGAAAUUUCCAUUAGUGGCAAAUGUGAAACAAUUGCUGCUAAUACAACUACCUCGUCAGGUUCGCAGCAAACGGCUGCUACAGCCACAGCUGCUGCUGCUCCACUUCAAUGUUCUUCAUCAUCAGCAUUACCAGCCACACCAACAACCUCAGCAUCAACAAUGUCCGCUUACAAUCUACCUUAUAGUACGGUACUAACUAAUACUGCAAUACCUAAUACAACCACAGCUGCCUCUAGCCAAAGAAGAAGACGUACAUCGUCAUCAAAUUCGGGUUUUAUUGCCAAACAAGUAAAUGGAAGUUACAUUUCACGCUUCUCAUUGCCUGGCGGUGGUGUACGAUCUUUGCCUAUGACACCACCUGGUUUGACUGAACGACAACAAGUUACUAUUUCCUGCCCUGAUGGUUUAGCACAUGCUUUAAGUGAAGAAAAUAUAAGACUACAGCAAAUUGUACAUGAACAUAAGAUGCGCGAAGACGUUUUACUACGCGAAUUGCACGAUAUGCGCAUGGCAUUGCUAAAGAAAAUAUGUCCAAAUUGCAAUAAUGCAAAUGCAUCGACCAACACUGAUGAACAGUGUUCAGCACUGGAUAAUGUAGAAAAUGCUUCGAUUUGCUCAUGGGAAGCUGUUGAAGAUCGCAGUGCUAGUGGUCCCUCGUCCUGUGCCACAACCAGUUCCUCAAUGCAACCAAAUACCACAAGUGUAUUAUGGGUACCCGAUCAUGCCGUUUCACGUUGUACCAGCUGUCAGACGGAAUUUUGGCUGGGUCGAAGGAAACAUCAUUGCCGAUCAUGCGGACAAAUUUUCUGUGCUGAUUGUUCCGAGUACUGGGCACCGCUGCCAGAUGCCAAGCUAUUUAGUCCGGUGCGUUUGUGUGGACCAUGUCAUGCGGCCACCACACGCACCAUGCAACAGGUUAAUAGUGAAAUGGGGGCGUCAGCAGCGACAACGCCACCAACACCUAUAUCUGUUGCAGCAGCAGCAGCUGCAACAGUAGCAAUAAGCAACAAUAGUACCAAUAUGCAUUUGCAACAGAACGCCACAAAACCAGCAGCAACAUCAAAGGCUUAA